AUUUCUGGUGACUGGAGAUGUAUCCAUAUUCAAUAAGUAUAGAUUGUAGCUAAGGUGUGGUCUGGUGGCUAUCUACCAAGGUACUUACAAUUCUGGCGGAUUCGGGCUGCUAUUUAUAGUCUCGGACGCUGGGUGGCUAGCUUGGCGUGGGUUGCCUAGCUUGGUAGUAUCGUUCUGAUGACGUCACCGCCUAGCUCGCGCGGGCAGAAAUUUAGCCGGUGCCAGCUGUUAUGUUUAAAUUGGCAGCGUGUGGCUAAGUGAUCAUUAAAACGGCUACAGUUUAGAAAAUAAAUUAUUAUAAGUGAUAUAAUCAUUGCAAAUAUCACAAUUAUUAAGUUAUCUGUGAUAACUGUGUAUGUAUUGAUGAUUAAAAGUCGAUGUAAUGAAGUGGAGAUAAUUACUCCAGUACUUGAGUAGUUUCCGGAUAUGGGUUUAUUUUCGGACGUAAAAUGAUGGGUCUGAUCGAUACAGUAUGUUAAGAUUAUAACUUUGUCAUUUAAAAGAUUUAUUUCUAGCAGGUAAAGACAUAGACAAAGAUGGAGGCUUGUAAUGAGACACAGUCGAGUCAGAGCUUACCAGCUGCUUGGCAACACGCCAAAGCGUUGGGUGAUUGUAUGAUAAAGCUCUAUGAGAACAAACUUUGGACAGAUGUCAAGUUCAGAUGCAAAGAUCAUGACAACAAUGAAAGGAUUCAUGCGCAUAAAAUAGUUCUUGCUGCAAGAAGUCCCGUAUUUCAGGCGAUGUUUUUUGGUCCAUGUGCAGAGGAAAACGAAGAAAUUCUACUUGAUAGUAUUGAAGCAGAAACAUUUGAUUUAUUCUUGAGAUAUGCUUAUAUGGACAAAGUGACAUUAACGGAAGAUUUGGCUGCAAAAGUACUAGAGACAGCUCACUAUUACCAGUUGACAAAUCUGGUGCAGUUUUGUGCCGAUGUUCUGGCUUCAUGUGUCAAACCCGAAAACGUAUGUGAUAUUUUGUCACUAGCCCGGCGUUUCGAAGUGAUUUCCCUGUGUAAAGCAUGCUGUAUUUUUAUUGACCAGAAUGCUGAUCAAGUUAUUUUAUCUGAAGGCUUUCUAAAACUGACAAAAGAAAACCUUGAUUAUAUCUUGAUGGGAGACACAUUGUAUGGAAACGAAGUAAGUAUAUUCAAAAAGACCGAAGAAUGGGCACAAAAGAAAUUAGAAGAAGGCGACUUUGAGAAAAAUGGACAAAAUACGAGAACACUUUUAGGAUUAUCAUUUUUCUACCUAAGGCUACCAACUAUGUCAUCGGAAAACUUCUUGCAAUGUACUCGUAGGAAAGGUUAUCUUUCAAUCGAAGAAUAUGAAGAUAUAGCUGAUUUCAUCAACAAGGUGCCUGACACAGUUGUAACGAGCAAUUCAUGCGUGUCUAGAAUUCCAUUUAAAGAACAAUUACACUUUACAUGUGGAGAAGUCAGAGAAUAUUCAAGUUACAGAAUCAUAUCGAAAUUUCAAGUCUUUGUAAGCAGAGAUAUUAAUUUUAAAGCAUUUGAGAUGUCAGAAAUGCGCGGAUAUCUGCAAUUUAAGCCCUGUUUAUAUAGCCGACAAAAUACUGAAUGGGUUGAAGUUCCAGACAACAAUAGUUCAUCCAUUCUCCGUGACUAUAAUUGUAAAGUCGUUCAAAUAUAUUCCUACCGCAACAGCAAUAAAAUUUCGGAAACCAAAGACGUUUAUGGUGUCGACCUUCAAAAUGUCUUAAUAUCAGGAACUGUGACUGUUACAUGUCAAACGGCCCAAAAAGAAGUAAGAAAAGAUUCUAGUUGCAAAAACAACUUGGGAAAGGAGAAUGAAAUUCUCGUAUUUAGGGAAAGUGUAGAGUUUAAUUCUAUGGAAAAGGCACAACGCUCUAUAACGCUUAAAGUACCAAUUGUUCUUGAAAAGUCAAGAUCACCUUAUACUUUCGAGGUAAACUUAGAAAACAAAAGAAACAACGAGGUCCUUCUGAAGACGAUGUGUAGUUCAGAAAACGUUCUGAUAAGCAAACAUGGUACAGUAACAGUGAAGGACUCAUUUUACACUAACUUUGCCGGAAUUCAAAGUUUUGGUUUUGAACAUAUAUCAAAUCGUGAUUAGUCUCCCAGAUAGAACCAUUCAGAUGUAAAAUUGUGAUAUUGUGGUAGGAAAAAUGUACCAAAACCUUACACUUUAUCAAGAAUAAUAUAAAGAGAUGAAAUAUAAAAAUAAUCUCAGAAAUAGAUUGAAAUCCAUACUCAAAUUACAGUACAAUGAUUGCCUGUGAAAAAUUACAAACCAAUACAUAUCAUUACACACACGUGUGCGUGUGUGUUUGUGUGUGAGUGCGCACGCAUGGGUAUUUUCUAAAAGGUAAAAACCGUUUUUCACACAAACACAUCAAGCAUUUUGUUAUAAAAAAAAGAAUGUUUUGUAUUUAUAUUAAUGUAAUGCAUCUUUCCUUUCUUAAUGAGGAAUAGCUUAUGUACUGGGCAAAAAAAAGUUCAAUGUGAUACAUGUACUUUUCACAGCUUUGUUUAAAUCAAACGUUUUCACAAUUCAUAUCUUCUGGAACAAGGACGUAUAUAUUUAUUUACUUAAUUAUUAAUUCAUUCAUUUGUAUAUUUAAAAUGAGAUAGGUAGGUAAGUAGGUACGUACGUACGUACCCCUGCCAUAUGACAUCUUACCUGAUCUUGACCCUUGUGUAUAUAUCUGCCAUAUGUUUUGACAUUUGAAUAUUUAAAGAUAGACAGGAAAGCGGAUACACAUUAUUUCACAUUUGACAUUCAAAUGGCCUAAAAGGUGUUGACAUGGGACCUGCGCGUGACAUUUUUAGCUAAAAUGCUGUUCAAAUAUCAAAACUGAAUACUAAGUUAUAACAUAAAAGAUCAAAUCGUGACCAAAAUUUUAUUCAAAUAAUGUUGGAUAAAAUUUUUUUUAUAUAAAGUUUCCCUUUUCAUCUUCUGCAUGUUAUUAAUUCUGAUUUUAAAAUCUCAAAGACGUUUCUAUGGACCUUUUCAAGUAGAGAGCACGUAGGGUUGUACAUUAUCUUAAAUAUUCUAUUUUACAACAUGUAAACCAGUAGCAAUGCUAUAACAAUGGUUCGUCCCGUAUAUUUCGGAUAAGAAGCCUUGUACGGCAAACACCAAGGCAAUCCGCUGCGUUGUAAGGCAGCCAUUAUUUGUGCGUAAGUUUGUCUUUGCCUGAAAUAGAAAGGAAAUUUGGAUGUUAUUCCAAAACAUCAUUAAUUUUUCUUGUAUAGAAUGUAAUAAAAACAUCGCAAUCCUUUUUGCUACGAAUAGGCCACAUAGUGGCCGUUAACUUACCAUGCGACUAAAAGUAGUUCAAAUGUGUGGUUAAUUACAUCAGAGGUCCAUUGCGAAACAUAACGGCCUUGAAGAUUAAACAUAACAUGUAGAAGGUGACAGAAAGUUUUGAAAACAAGAUAUACCGAAAGAAAGCAGUACACAUAUCUGCGACUGCAUUUUGGUAGCCGCCUUAGGUUUUGGGAACGUUACUUGAUAUGACAUAUGUCAUGUUACUAAAAUUCUAUAUAAACAAGAGCAGCUUGCUUAGUCUGAUUCGAAAUGUUGGUGUUUAAAAGAAUUGUAAGCUUUAAUUUAAAGGCGGUAUCUACAAGUUAAAUACAAUAAAAUAUCCAGUAACAUUUACAUAAUAAGCGGUAUAAUGUUUAAAAUGAAACAAACAAAUACAUUCAUUCUGAAUAACUUUAGUUUUUUUAACCUUCAAACUCUAUGAUUAAACAGGGAACACAAUCAGUUUGUUUAAAGUAAAAGGGAAUCAGCUACAGAAAGUCUCUUUCACAAAGAAUACGAAUUAAAUGGCAUUUAUUUCUAUGUCAAACGUGAAUGAGAACGUGAAAAACUCCGCAUUGAAAGAAAGAUCUAUCUGCAGUAAUUGAUAAUAUAAGGACAUAUAUAAUAAUAUAAUGAGGGUCGAAAAAAUAAACAAAUAAAUUUUCGCACUGUCAAGAAUACAAGCUUCCGUGCAUCAGUAUAUAACAACACUUACAACGUAUUUAGACAUGAUAGAUAUUCAAUUUCUCUAUUGCACUUCAAAACUUGUCAUUAAGUUUCUUUUAAGUUCGACCUUCAAUUUCUCGUCCAACCU